UGCUUGCUUGCCCAGUAGGGAGUAAAUAACUAUGGAACGGGCGGACGAAGUCAGAAAUCUUCUUGACCCCGUGCAGGAACGCAUUCUGCAGUUCAUACAGUCUGCAGAUAGAGGUUCUAAAGCAAUCAUAGCGCAUGACCCUUCGGACGAAACUGACCCUUUCUUCUCCGGGUUAUUAAACUUGAAAAGGCCCAGUGAGCUCCAGCAAGAACUCCAGGUAGAUUUCCCGGAUAGCGGGCAGGGUGCGGAUGGCCUCCUUCAGAUCUUGGACAGGAUACUUCAAUAUUCUGUGAACACUUGGCAUCAGGGAUUUUUGGACAAACUCUAUGCCUCUACGAAUGCGCCCGGACUUGCCGCGGAGUUGAUCAUUGCAGCCUUGAAUACCAAUGUUCAUGUGUACCAGGUCGCUCCGGCCUUGACCGUUAUCGAGAAGAGUACUGCUGCCCGUUUGGCCUCCCUUUUUGGCCUAAAUGGCCUGUACGCUGGAGGGAUAGCAGUACAAGGUGGUACAGCAUCCAAUACAACGGCAAUUGUUAUCGCGAGGAAUACUUUAUUUCCGGAGACCAAAACUGAAGGCGUUAGCGGCAAUCAGUUUGUCUUGUUCUCAAGUGCGCAUGGACAUUACAGUAUUGAGAAGGCUGCACAAAUGCUUGGAUUCGGUAGCAAAGCGGUUUGGGUCGUUCCCGUGGACGAGAAAGGGCAGAUGAUACCGAAGGCGCUCGAUGACCUUAUUAUAACCGCGAAAAGCCAAGGAAAGAAGCCAUUCUUCGUGAAUGCCACUGCGGGUACCACGGUUGUAGGCAGUUUCGACCCUCUGCCGGAAAUCUCUGAGAUCUGCCGAAAGCACAACCUUUGGUUCCAUGUCGACGGUUCAUGGGGAGGCUCCUUUAUCUUCUCCUCAAAGCAGAAAAGCAAACUUACAGGAUCCCAUCUUGCUGACAGUAUUACUUUCAAUCCACAUAAGAUGCUGGGUGUGCCGGUCACUUGUUCGUUCCUCUUGGCCGCUGAUAUUCGCAAAUUCCACCGUGCAAACACGUUACCAGCGGGAUAUCUAUUCCAUAACGAGGAAUACACGAAGGGAUUCUGGGACUUGGGUGACUUGACUCUACAAUGCGGCCGCCGUGCAGACGCCCUCAAGCUCUUCCUCAGCUGGAUGUACUACGGAUCUGAGGGCUACGAGCAAAAGAUCGACUCUGCUUGUAGUGUUGCUGAGCAUCUUUCCACCGUCGUUGGAAACAAUCCUCAUCUCAUUCUCCUUACUGAGAAUCCCCCACCCUGUCUCCAAGUUUGCUUUUACUAUGCUCCUCUUGGACGCAUGGCAUACCCCCCAGGAAGAGAGAUCAACGGCAAGGCACUCAGCGAAGAAGAGAGAGCCGAACUCAACAGCCAAAUAACCGAAGAGAUUGUUCAAAAACUUGUGCCGCAAGGCUUCAUGGUGGACUACGCACCCCCAAGUGAUGGCGACACUUUUGCUAAGGAUGGAAAAUUUUUCCGCUGUGUGGUCAAUGUUCUUACGAAGGAGGAAACGGUGGAUUCCCUCGUGAAUACUAUUGUGAAACUUGGAUCAACCAUUGUAAAACGGCGACUGGGCUCAGAGUUGAACAUACCGACUCCAACAGCAUACCCGGCGCCUACUUCCGGAUUCCGUCCAAAGAACCCUGCAGAAAAAGGCCAUGGACCGGUUGUCUUUGAAUAA